AUGCUUUUCAUGACAAUUGCCGAGUAUUACAAUAUAACAUACGAUGUGCUCAAUAAUAACGGUGUUUGGGGGGCACAACCUGUCAAUAACACGUGGUCAGGAGUUACCGGUAUGCUUCAGUCAAAGGAGUCAUAUCCCGAUUCCUUGACACUCCUGCCUAUCCUUGAGGUUCUGCGAACGCUACCCCACGACACACGUAUUGAUCCCAAAAAGACUGAUUACCAGGACGGGGAUGAAGUCACGUAUAGCUGUCCUUACGAUAAGCUCUACUCUAAGACACAGACCAUGAGGUGUAUGUCCGGUGUAUGGGUGGGCACGAGAUCCACGUGCGGCUACUAUAUUAAGAAUCAGUUAAUU